UUGUUUGUGAUUCAUUUUCAUAUAAAUACACCACAAAUUUUGUAGAAAGGCAGACAAACAUUACAACUCCUUGGCAAGCAAGAUGUUCACACAACUGAGUUUACUCGCCUUGUUGGCUGCCGCGACAGCGACCCCGCCGCUGCAAAGACCGAUCUUGAACUCCCUAUUUCCAACCGGACAAAUCAUCGGUGGAACGAACGCAAAGAUCGAGGAUGUACCACACCAAGUGUCCCUUCAAAGUUCCGGCAUCGGCUUCUGCGGUGGUAGCAUCAUUUCGGACAAAUGGGUGAUAACAGCUGCUCACUGCAUGUCUUAUCCACCCGAAUGGAUCACCGUGAAAGCCGGAACGACGAUAAAAUCCAUUGGCGGAAGCUCACACAAGGUAGCUGAAGUAAUCGUCCAUGAGAACUAUACGACGAAUUGGUACGGAGUACCAAUGAACGACGUGGCCGUGCUACGAGUUUCGAGUCCCUUCGUGUUGGACAAAACGCGUAAUCCUAUCAAGAUCUUCAAACAAGACGAAGAAUCCGCCGUGGGAAUCACCGCGACAAUCACCGGAUGGGGUGCGACGAGAGAAGGCGGUAGCACUACCGAGAUCCUUAAAACUGUCGAUGUACCUAUCGUAUCGAAGAGCUCCUGUAACGAAGCCUACGAAUCAUACGGAGGAUUGCCCGAGGGACAAAUCUGCGCGGCGAUACCAGAAGGAGGAAAGGACGCUUGCCAAGGGGACUCUGGCGGCCCCAUGACUAUUGGUGGACGUUUGGCUGGCCUAGUGUCCUGGGGUUACGGCUGCGCCAGACCUGGCUACCCUGGUGUUCACACAGAGGUUGCUGCCUUCAGCGAUUGGGUCGUCUCCAAGACUGGAAUUAAAACGUAAAGUUUCCCGAAACUGGAUCUUCCUCUUUUAUCUCUAAUAAAAGUUACGCGUAAAUAACGCACUUGUAUGGCACGAUAAAUUCAAUAAAAUUUGAUUUCUCUCACGAG